AUGAAUAGCAGAGAAAUAUCAGGUAUCAAUCUGAAUAUAGGAAUUAGGGGAACCUCAUGGGUUUCCAAGGGAAUCAGGAAGGGAAUCAAGGAUGCCCUAAUCACCCACUCCCCUAAUCCUAAAAGAGCGCCCUCUGACCAAUCAGCAUCCGGGUCAGUCGACCAGAAUGAGUCUCCAUCGCAGAUCGACGGUGAUCAUUCAUCUUCGUCUCAGGUCGAUAACAAUGAAGCGCCGACAGACACCGACGAUGAUGCUCCGUUGAAUAUCGACGGUAUUGUAGACGCUUUACCUGAGGAAUUCUUCGUGAAGGUCAACCUCAGUGAUGUCCACUUCUUGUUGUGGACGAGGAGUAACCCAGCAAACGGCAGCUAUUACGAGCUCUUGGUCGAUGACGUCAGCAACCUGAAGGCGUCGCCUUUCGAUGGGGCCAAACCGACGGUCGUCCUGUGCCACGGGUGGCUUGGAAGUGGGAAAUCCAAGUGGAUUUAUCAGGCCAAAACAGAAUUUCUGAAGAACCAGGACUGUAAUUUCAUUGCCAUUGACUGGCAGAAGAUUGCUAGUCAUCUGAAUUAUCCUGACGUUGCUAAAAAUAUCCCAGAGGUAGGGAAGCAUGUCGCUGCAUUUGUGGACUACCUCCACACUGAAGGUGGUCUCAACGUCAAUACACUCUAUGUGACUGGCCAUUCAUUAGGGGCUCAUCUUGUGGCCAUCAUGGGGUCAAAUGUACAAAAUGGUCCUGUGGGUAGAAUUACAGGUUUAGAUCCAGCUGGGCCUGGAUUCGAAGACGCUCCUGAUGAGUUUAGGCUGGACAAAAGUGAUGCAACUUUUGUGGAUGUCAUCCACUCAAAUGCCUGCCCACUGAGUGAGCUUUGCUUAGGUCUGAAUGGCUCUUAUGGCCAUGUUGACUUCUUCCCUAAUGGAGGAAAGCGACAGCCUGGCUGCACAGCAUUGGGAUACUUCCUCGACAUGUUGGGUAACUGCAGCCAUGAGCGCUCGCGCAAAUACUGGAUAGAGAGUAUAAACGGAGCUACACCAUUCACGGCAGUGCCUUGUCCUGAUUUGGACUCUUACGAGGCAGGAGACUGCGUAGAUUGUGGGCCGGGAUGCCUCGACAUGGGAGCUCAUGUCAAUACUCAGUAA